UGAGGUGCAGGUGUUCCAAUUGAUUCCAGUGCGUGCGGUUCGACAGUCGCGGUUUUUGUGCAAAGAAAGCAAAGAAAAUUAUUGAAAAAAUAGGUAUCCUUGUGCGAAGUGCGAAUAGAGUGGUGUAGCUGUGUUUGCGCGUAGCUGCAUUUAUCACGUGCGUUCUUAAUGGUGUGCGUGUUGGUAGCCGACCUCUGAACCACCAGUAGUAGCGGUAGCUCCAGCAUCCAUCCCCAUCCCAUCGUUAGCUGCAAGCUUAAGCAAGCCGGAAAAGUUAGUCAACGGAAGCCCGACAAAGGACCAGUAGCAACCAUGGGAAACAUACACACCGUCGGACCGAAUGAGGCCCUCAUCGUAUCAGGUGGAUGUUGCGGCUCGACGAAGAAACGCACCAUCGUUGGCGGCUGGGCAUGGGCCUGGUGGCUGGUAACCGAUGUUCAGCGCCUCUCGCUGGAAGUGAUGACCCUCAAUCCGAUGUGCGAAAUGGUCGAAACGGCCCAGGGCGUCCCGCUCACCGUCACCGGCGUGGCACAGUGCAAAAUCAUGAAGAUGAUGAACGUCUAUUAUUUUCACCAUCAGGCCGACGAGCUGCUCGGUACCGCCAGCGAACAAUUCCUGGGCAAAUCGGUGAAGGAGAUCAAGAUGACAAUCCUGCAAACGCUCGAGGGCCACCUGCGAGCCAUCCUCGGAACUCUUACAGUCGAGGAGGUGUACAAAGACCGCGACCAGUUCGCGGCACUGGUGCGCGAGGUCGCGGCCCCUGACGUCGGCCGGAUGGGCAUCGAGAUCCUGUCCUUCACGAUCAAGGACGUGUACGACGAUGUGCAGUACCUGCAGUCGCUCGGCAAGGCGCAGACGGCGAGCGUGAAACGAGACGCGGACGCGGGCGUUGCCGAGGCGAACCGGGACGCCGGCAUCCGGGAGGCCGAGUGCGAGAAGAGCGCCAUGGACGUGAAGUACUCCACCGACACGAAGAUCGAGGACAACGCGCGCAUGUACAAGCUGCAGAAGGCCAACUUUGACCAGGAGAUUAACACGGCGAAAGCGGAGUCACAGCUGGCGUACGAGCUGCAGGCGGCCAAGAUCCGCCAGCGAAUUCGUAACGAGGAGAUCCAGAUCGACAUCGUCGAGCGUCGCAAGCAGAUCGAGAUCGAAACGCAGGAGAUCAACCGCAAGGACUGCGAGCUGUCGGCGACGGUGAAGCUGCCGGCGGAGGCGGAAAGCUUCCGCGUGCAGGCGAUCGCGGAGGGCAAGCGCACGCAGACGGUCGAAGUGGCGCGGGCUGAGGCCGAGCGCAUCAAGAAGAUCGGUGCCGCCGAGGCGUACGCCAUCGAGCAGGUCGGCAAGGCGGAAGCCGAGCGGAUGCGCAUGAAGGCGAAUGUCUACAAGAUGUACGGCGAUGCGGCCAUCAUGAACAUCGUGCUUGAAUCACUGCCGAAGAUCGCUGCCGAAGUGGCCGCCCCGCUGGCGAAGACGGAGGAAAUUGUCCUGAUCGGUGGAAACGAUCAGACGACGGGAGAUGUGGCGCGCCUCGUCGGACAGUUGCCGCCGGCCAUCAACGCCCUGACCGGGGUCGACCUGUCGAAGGUGCUCGGCAAAAUCCCCGGAGCAAAGGCAUAAUAAAGUGACGGACGCGAGAGUGUAACAGUUUCCGGUUUGUGAACGUGAACCGUGACGCGCUCCUUCUGACGGAACAAGCUGUUUUGGAACAAGCCUUCCGGAAGGACGGAAGGCACACAGCACACCGAAGCGAUCGGUUACACAAACCAGGACAACGUGGAAAAACAUACACAUACACCCCAACACACAAACACACACACACCCAACAAAUAUGGAUACACAGUUAACUUGAGACUAUAUAGGCGGGAGAAAUUUGAAGCGUUUACUUUUCUAGCUUUACCUUUUCUAACCAUACUUCAAUGCAGUACGUUUCCAAAUCGAUAUACGAGAAUAUAUGAAAAGAAAACAAGAAAGAGACAGCAUGCGAAACAAAUAAGGAUCAUGGAUAUUCAAACGAUAUUUACAACUAGCGUAACUUGUUUCAGUUAAUUUCACUCUAUUAUUGCGUAUAUUACUUUCUUAACCUUUCUGGUUUGUUUUGGGCUAUGGGUAUGAACAUUUAACGGUACUUUUGUUGCUUAGCUUUAAGUUAUAUCUUGUUUAAUCGAUAUUUUGUUAAAAAUCAUAUGCUUCCCCGAACCAUAUUUAAGAGAGGCAGUUAAAUUUUCUUUUGUUAACCGUACGUUUGCGUGUUUUAAAAACCCCACCUUCACCUCCAGAAUGAGUUAGCAAAAUGUCCAACUUGACACGGGAUCGUGACGAGGUCAAAAUCGACCACCAGCAGAAAGUAAAAACUAGCAAAACUGUUUAAAGUCAACCAAAUAUUGCAACCUUUGGGACUAGUACACCCUUUAAUGGUUAAACAACUCAAACACUUUUUUUCUCGUAACACAAACGCAGGGUAAUUAAACGCGCAAACGGUGGUAGUUUUCGUUAGGUACAGAUAUUUUUCUCGUAUUAUGUUCACCCAGUGCACUCGUAUGUUAUUCGUUUGGAUCUUUUAUCUCACCUCCUUGUACCUUUUUGCCACACAUCCCUCGUUAUUCGCGAAAAGAAAAAAAAAACGAUACCCAUCUUUUUACGGUCUUACAAACGGUUACAAGCAAACUAGCAAAACAUAAAUCGCUGCGAAACAAUUUUGCAUUUAUAAACCUAUAUUUCCAAACAUCUCUUUAAACCCUGUGCGAAAGAGACGCAAACAUUAUUCAAUUUAAACUUUCAACGUGACGUUCGAACUUUUAAAUGUUUGACAAGGCAGAGAAAGAAGAAAGGAAAAAGCAACACCAAAAGUUUACUCUUACAAUCGAAUUGGCUAAUUCUGGUGCGAAGUUCAAUGUGGCAAAACAUAGUUCAAUGUGGAACAACAUAACACACGGCACUGUUUUAAGUUCGCAAGCAAGUAAUGUGGGGUAAAAAUGGACAACAUUUUUGGGCGAAUCGAAGAGAGAGAAAAAAAAACAAACUAAACAUUUAUGUAACACAGUGUUCAGGUACCUGCCCCCCGUUAGGGAC